GGACCUAGAUAGCGCCGAGCACGGAUGAGAUGCGCGACCCCGACCUGUACCUGCCUGUGUACAGGUGCUGCGCGGUUCGACGCGGGUUGUGCAGCUCGUCCUGCAUGGGCCAGGCGAGUGGGUGAGCAAGCGGGCUGGCUAGCAGGAAGAUGGGUGGACGGCCGAGAAGGGCAAGUGGGCAAUAAGACAAGCACGAGCAGGCAUGUGGGAGAGUGGGAGAGCUGGCUAGAGGGGGAGCACAGGCGGGCAAGAACGAGCGGGCGCCGGGCAGGAAGGCGAGCGGGCAAGAGGCGAGGGGGGAAGAGAGCCUGAGGGUGAACGAGCGGUCGGACAAUAAGCCGAGUGGGCGAGCAAGCAGGCGGGCGAGGUGACGGAGGGCGAGAAGGACGACGAGCGCAGGCGAGCGGGUGACGAGGGCGAGCGAGCAGUGUGCGAGCAAGCAGGUAGUAAGCAAAAUAGCAAGAGGGCGAUGUCUCAGCCUCGUACCUGGCUCGCUGCUGGACCCAUAGUCAUCAUGUCGAGUGCGCACAAAACUAGUUUCCGAGAAUGCCGCACCUAUUUUAGUACCGCUGACUUCAUUCUGUUACCCAUGUGCGAAACCAGACUCGGGGACCAUGCCAUUUGCAGCGGCAACAGACUCGGAGCCAUCGGAGCGAAAAUUACCGUACCAGAAAUGUGCUGUAGGGCCGGAAGAUCACUUUCCGCAUCAUGUUUUACGUACCUUUUCUGUAAAGCUUUCUCGCGAAUUCGCGUCUUCUCCCCGGCCUGCGCGAGGAGCGGCUGUAUGACACCGUUACUUACGAGCAGACAGGAAAUUUCUACUUUCCCGAGUUUGUCAGCUGUUUUGAGCCAUGGACUCCGGAUGAUCAUCGUUUGCGAGACGGUGCCGUGGCGGCGUAUGCUUACAUCGGCGCGCGACUCGGACCAACUGUCCAAAACAGACCAACGCGGACGCCGUCCUCCGCCGCCGCCGCUGGCCGCCCACCUCCUGCAAGUCGAACCCAGGUCUUGUGUGCGCACGCCGCAGUGCCACACUAGCUACUCGAUCUCCAGUCGCUUGAACCGCAUUGCAUACCACAAAGGGGCCUUGAACACGCGACUCGACGGUUGCAACUUUGCAUGGAGGUGGGAGUUGUGGAUCAAGGAUGUCGAUGAGGUGGAUGUAUGCGCGAAAGCCACGAUGCCCGCGACGCGUCGUGGUAAUACGUCACGAGCUCGCGUCAUGGUGGCUCCAAAUCAGGCUCCAAUCGAGGAAAGAGAGGGAAAGAGGCAGGACAUCGGUCGGGCGCGAUAUUAA